GACGCGGUCGCCAUAGUAACCAGUCACCGCUUGCCUGGAGUCUACUAACACAGUGAUCCAUCAUCAGUGAAAAUGUACUGAAUUCGUCUAAGGAAAAGUGCUGAGCAGAAGAAAACAAACGAUGAAGAAAUUGGAGUACAAAUAGCUUAUGUGGCAUGCCCAAAGUGACACUAAAACAGGGAAGCAAACCCAGAUCCUGUCUAGAUGCUGCCUGGCUAUGGAGUCCUGGAGCCAUAACCACUGUGAACUCAGUUGAAAGUGGACAAAAUGGAAGAAGCAAAAGAUCCUAGAGAAGUACUAUGUCAAUCCUUAGCCCCACGGACUAAACCAAUGGACACAUUACAACAAAGCUUGGAUGAGAAUACUGUGGAUGCAAUUGUCCAGUAUAUUUCUAAUGAUUUACCAAGGGAGUUGAUGGCAUCCCAACAAAAAGCAAUUAUUAAAACUACUGAUGAUAAUUUACAGCCUCCAUUUGUCCCCAGCAGACGUUUACAUUCAGUGGGAGGAUCAGAAGGGUCAGGACAUGAGGAUUGCUGUACACAUCAAACAGCACCAGAUCACAGCUAUGAGGAAAUAUCAAACCCAGAUAGCUACAUAUCAAACAGUAAAAACAAUUCUCAUUUCAUAUCAUCAUCCAAGAGAAACAGGCAUGUCAGUGCUCCGGUGGGUCAACUGAGAGUUUCAAGAAAUAUUCUAACAUUUCGUUCAGCUCAGAACUGGCAAAGGUUGUCUGAAAGAUACAAACUUCAACCAAGAGUGAUUAAAGUAACAGCUUACAAAAAUGGAUCUAGAACAGUAUUUGCCAAACUUACUGCACCAACCAUCUCCUUGCUGCUGGAGGAGUGCACGGACAAGCUGAAUCUGAAUACGGCUGCAAGGCGAGUCUUCUUGGCAGACGGCAAGGAGGCCCUCAAACCUGAAGAUGUACCCCAGGAAGCCGAUGUUUAUAUUUCAACAGGAGAGCCUUUUAUAGAUCCAUGCAAAAAAAUUAAAGACCAUCUGUUGUUAAUGAAGAAAGUAACUUGGACAAUGAAGGGGCUGAUGCUUCCCACUGAUGUUAAAAGACAGAAAACCAAACCUGUUCUUUCUGUUAGAAUGAAGAAGCUCACUCAGAAGACUUCAGUCCGAAUUCUGGUCUUUAAGAAUGGCAUAGGGCAGGAUGGGCAACCGAUUACAGUGGGAAAGGAGACAAUAAAAAAGGUUUUAGAUACUUGCACAACAAGAAUGAAUCUAGAGUCACCAGCUAGAUAUCUUUACGAUUUAUGUGGCAGAAAAAUUACAGAUAUUUCAAAAGUUCCUCUGUUUGAAAAAUGCCUGCAAAAUUCCAUCACACCUUUGCGGGGACCACUUUGGGUCUCUAAGGGAGAAGGUUUCAGCCCCUCAGGAGCUAAGAUGUACAUCCAAGAAGUUCUUUUGGCCUUGUACCAACGAUUAAAGUCUGCAAAAAAUUAUUACAAACAGUUGAGCCUGGACAUGAAUGAACAGAAGGAAAAAAUAACAGAGAAAGCAAUUCUUUCAAUGACAGCAAAGGAAUACCAUAAGGCACAAACAGAAAUGAGCAGGCUGAUUGAUGAAUUACAGACAGCUAUCAAAAGCUACAGAGGUCAUCUCUCUAAACUUGGCCUCCAAUUACAGGCUGAACAGGAGCAAUUCUCCUCUUAUGUCUACCAACACAUUAAAAGCCUUCCAGCAAACACUCUAGUCCCAGGAGGCCUGCAGCUCAAGGUAUUUGAAAAUGGUAAAGUCACUGGAGAGACCUGUGUUUUUAUCAGCAAAAGAGAUUUGGAGUCUAAUAGUCCAACUCAAAGUGGUGAUAUCAUGCAAAGAUUAUUUCUCAAGAUUCACCAAAGGCUUCAAGCUUCUUCUAUCAACCCACCAGGCCUCAAUUUUUCUCCUACCCAGCUUUUCGAUGAGCACGGUCAAGAAAUUAAGGAUCCACUUCUGCUGAAGAAUGAGCAAAAGGUCUGGGUCUCUUAUGGUGCAACAUACAGAUCUCCAUUAAUCCCUGUUUUGAGCUUGAACUUUGACCAAGUGACUGCAUUUGCUAGAAGCGGCAUGACAGUAGCUUGUAAGGCCUCAGUGGAUCCUAAUGCUAUUCUGCUACCUGGAUGUGAAAAUUGGGAAGUUUGUGAGGAAUUUCCAAUGAAUUUUGAUUCCACAAGUCAACAGAUACCUGAUCAAUUUGAAAAAGUGGACUUGGACAGCCAUUUUCUACAGAACAAGGUGGAUCCCAAUAUUGUCCUCCGUGCCUCGAUUUCCAUGGAAAAGCAGAGUUCCUCAAGUAGUGAAGUGAGCAGCAGGAGUCAGACAGCGCCCUCUGCCCUGUGGUCUGCAGCCUGUCAGUGGCUAAUCACAAAGACUGGAAUGAUCCUGAGCCGAGCCAUAACUCAGGGCUGUCUAGCUGUUGGUCAUCCAAUCAGAGUCAAGGCCUCGGGAAAGGCAUCUCUUGAAGGAUAUAAAUUAAUCCUACAGAAAAGGUACUGCCCGUGGGCUAUUUAGCUCAAGAUAAUACAUAUUAAUUCCAAGACAUUUGAGUAGGCAAAUUUUGAUGCUUUCCUGGCUUAGAAUACACAUUAGCUGGUAUGUUCAUAAUAUCAAUAUUAAUUUUUAAAUCUAAAAUAAGCAUACCUAUGCAAUCUACAAGCUAUUACUUUAUAAUUACCAGGAUUCAUUUUUAUAGCCAUUUUGAUUGCUGAUUAAAAAUGU